AUGUUAAGGUGUAUGUGGAUCAGCUCUGUCCACAACGCCUUCACAGCUUCUUGGAGUAUGGGAAGAAAGCUUUUGAGAAAAAAUAAACAUACCCGCACACAGGAGGCCACCUGCCUCGCUACCGGUUAUUACCCCCAUGGGGCAAGAGUCCGGUGGGUCCGUGGUGAGAGGCAUGAGCCAGUCCCAGAACACAUGCUCCUGGGAGGCGAGGAGCUUCCUAAUGGAGAUGGAACUUUCCAGACCCGUUUGACUUUGAGGCACUUGGGGGAAGAGGAGUACAAGUGUCAAGUGGACCAUAGUAGCCAGGAGACACCGAUGAUGAGGACUUUAGAAAAGCCAAGGACCAGGAUGUUUCUGCUGUCUCCUGCUCUCAGCGUGGUCUUGAUUAUUGUUAUGGUGGUCGUAGCCAAACGGAUAUAUGAAAGAUGCCACCAUCAGGACGAAACAGAUUUACCACAGGAGACAAGAUUGUAACUCUCCAUUAAAGGUGCUCUAAGCGAUGCUGGGCAACGUCACUUCUGUUGACUUUCAAACAAAACAGAGAGCUAGCUCGCUACUUCCUCCCCCUCCCUCCCAUGCUGCUCCCGUGCAAUUAAAACUCUC